AUGGAAUCAUCCAUAAUCUUAGAAAAUUUUAUGCUAUCAAGGGCGUCAUUGCAUGAAGUGAUUACCUUAGAACAAUUUGCAAGAUUGUUUCCUAGAAGAGUAUCAAAAAGUACAAUUCAGAGAAUAUUUGAAGAAUUGGUUGAACAGCGUGAAUCCAAGUCAAUUGAGCCCACAAAGAAUAAAAUUCAAGAGCAGUUUGACGUGCCACUACAAGAUACUAUUGAUAAGCUCAAGACUUCCCAAUCAAUAACAUCAGGAAAACAUUCUAUUGAUGAUCUAGUAACUAGAUUAGAUAAACUAGAAAAUAUAUUUGUAUUACAAAAUACAUUAAUCGAUGAUCAGAUAGCAAAUGUUAUACAUGAUAUCCAGUCAAUAUGCAAAGAGUUUAAUGAAAUAAAAUAUGGAAAUGCAUGGUUUAGGGGAGGAGACGAAACUGAAAUAGAAAAGAUAGUAGAAGAAACAAUACGAAGUGUUGAUAAAUGUGACAGCAUUUUCAGGUAA